CACGAGAAGAGUUGUGAGAAGCAUGUGAUCAAAACAAAAUGUUUACACUUUGAGAAUAUUUUAUUUGUAGAUUUGUCAGAUCUUUUCUUUUUUGUUUUAAAGACCCUACAACGGCGAGCAUGUGGAAAAAACUUUUAAUCUGGCUGCAAAUUGGAGCCGCAGUGGCAUUAAACAGUCAAGAAACUUGCCCACGUUUUGGCUACAGUAUUCGUCUGUCCAAUUCUGGACCUGAAAAUUCUAUGAACUCCGAUGGAAAAGGUUCUUGCGGAUGUUCUGUGUUGAAACGAAAUAAUGCUUUAAAUAAGGAGGAAAUGACGCUAAACACAGGAAACACAGACGGCGAAAUCAAAUUAAAAUCACCUCACAAAAGGACGAAUCAAAUGAGUUUUGUCGAAGGUGGAAGGUUUACAAUGGGUACGAAUAAACCGUACCUGCCUAUGGAUGGCGAGGGGCCUGCGAGAGAAGUGAAAGUUAAUUCAUUUUAUAUGGACAUUUAUGAGGCCAGCAAUGCAGAAUUUGAACUUUUUGUUAACAGUACUGGUCAUGUUACAGAGGCUGAAAAGUUUGGUGAUUCAUUUGUACUUGAAGGGAAGAUUAGUGAAGAGAUAAAGAAGGAUAUACACCAAGCAGUUGCAGCGGCACCUUGGUGGCUUCCUGUAAAAGGAGCAUAUUGGAGGAAACCAGAAGGACCUGAUUCACACAUCAGAGACAGAAUGGAUCACCCAGCUAUCCACAUUUCUUGGAAUGAUGCUGUUGCGUUUUGUCAAUGGGGUGGUAAAAGAUUGCCAACAGAAGCAGAGUGGGAAUAUGCCUGCAGAGCAGGGCUACAGAACAAGGUAUUUUCCUGGGGUAAUAAGUUCAAGAAAGAUGGCAAUCACAUGGCAAACACGUGGCAAGGAAAGUUUCCAACUCUGGACACUGGAGAGGAUGGGUAUCCUGGAACAGCCCCUAUCACAGCAUUCCCACCAAACAGUUAUGGCCUUUACAACAUGCUAGGAAAUGUAUGGGAAUGGACGCAAGAUUGGUGGAACAUAAGACACUCAACUAACUUUCAAGAAAAUCCGACGGGGCCAUCUUCAGGAAGAGACAAAGUAAAGAAAGGAGGAUCCUACAUGUGUCACAAAUCGUAUUGUUACCGAUACCGCUGUGCUGCUAGAAGUCAGAAUUCAGCUGACACCACUGCCUCCAAUCUUGGUUUACGAUGCGUCAGUAACACAUUGCCUGAUGGUGUCGAGUUAGUCAAGUAGACAGAACUGGACAACGAGGUUUUGUACACUGGAUUGAUCGAGACAACUGGACUGCAUUGCUUAGAUUGAAGUUUGGCUCUUAUGCAUCUGGGAGGCAAUGAUUAUGACAUUGGUGGCUCAGGUGCAUGUUACGCGACAACGUGGAGAUAACAGAAAUUUGUGCAUAGAUGAAGACUGUUUGUAAUACAACAGUCUUUCUUUGUUUAAAAAUUUCUUUACUCGACACAUUUGUAGCCUGUCCCUGGUAUUCAAUUAGUUAAAUUGCAGCAUAAAAUUCAGCGAGCAAAGAAAAUGAGUAAACAAAGGAGGGGUUUGGGAUGACCUGUUUUCUUGUCUUGCCGUUUCUUGCGCUGAACCAAGGCUAAUACAGAUGUACAAAGUUCUUAGAUGAACUGUACAAGCUCUCAACAGGAUUUCAUAUUCAUGGGUACUUGAGAGCAUAGACUGUCCACUUAACUAAUCAAACGUUUUCUUUGUAAGCCGAGUGGUGUCUGCCGUAGACAGGUCUUUAGCUUGAGAGUUCCCGGGCAGCUAUAAAUUUGUCUGUAGGACACCAGGUUUUGCAAGCACGUGUAAACUAAAGUAAAAAGGAAAAAAAAAAUACAGAGAUUUUAUAUGUAGUGUAGUAUACAAGAGAAUAAAGUUUGAAACGGUUUA